GAACGUUGUGCUGCUGCUACUGAACGACACAUGCUCAGGUCUCUGGCGCUUACGUCGAAGAUGAUGAUCGAAGCCCAGUAAGCGUCGGUGUGCGUAAAAUGGCGGAUGGUGACAUUGAUUUGUAUGCCGAUGAUCUUGAGCAAGAUUUUGCCCAGGAUGAAUUCGCUGGAGAUGGUGUUGAUUUGUAUGACGACGUAAUAGCCGCACCAUCGGGCGGAAAUGGUGGUGUAUCUGGUAGUAAUAGUACCAGUGGUGGUGGUGGUGAUGCUGAUGCAUCAAAUAUAUCUAAUGAAGAGACAAAUGGUAAUGCGCCGUAUCAUCAAUUGGGAAAUAAUAUUCAGCCUAAUCAAAUUGGACGGCGACACCAACUUUACGUUGGUAAUUUAACUUGGUGGACAAGUGAUCAAGAUAUUACUGAUUGCGUACAAAGUAUUGGAGUAUCUGAUUUUGUAGAAGUUAAAUUUUUUGAAAAUCGUGCCAAUGGACAAUCUAAAGGGUUUUGUGUUAUAUCAUUGGGCUCUGAGCAGAGUAUGAGAAUUUGUAUGGAACGACUUCCUAAGAAAGAACUACAUGGACAAAAUCCAAUGGUCACAUACCCUACUAAACAAGCUUUAAAUCAGUUUGAGUCACAAUGCAAAACAAGACCGGCCCCAGCUCCACAGCAAAAUCAAAGUCAGCGUCCACAUAAUCCACAUCAGCAUCAAGCUCCGAUGCCGCCUCAUCAGCAGCACCCACAGCAUCCACAGCAUUCACAACAUGCACAGCAAAAUCAUGGCCCUAGAAUGAUGAUGGGUCCACCGCAAGGACCAAGGCCGCAGCGAAUGCCGCCACCUGGUAUGGGCCCACCAGGUCCGGGAGGACCAGGACAACAAGGUCCUCCGCGUAUGCAUGGCCCACCAAUGGGUGGCCCAGGACCACAUCACGGUAUGCCUGGGCAUCCUAACCAAGGACCACCUCCACCAGGUUAUCAACAGGGACAUUGGAAUGGUCCGAGGCCUAAUGGACCGCCUGGCCCACCACGGCCUAAUGGGCCUCCGCAAGGACCACCUGGACCUGGUCCUGGUCAACAUAGACCACCUGGAAUGCAAUUCCAUGGAGGCCCACCUGGACCACCAGGUCAAGGACCACCUCGACCCCCAGGACACCCGGGUGGUCCACCAGGUGAUCCACGAGGUGCUCCACCUCGCCCAGAAUGGAAUAGACCACCUGGAAUGCAUCAUGGACCACAAGGACCACCAGGAUUUCCUCAACACCAACAUAUGCAAGGUCCACAACCUCAAGGACCACCACAACGCGGACCACCACCCGGUGGAAUGGGUGGUAUGUUACCAGGCCCGGGAGGUGCGCCACCAGGUCACGGUGGCCCGCCGCAAGGUCCACCACCCGGGGGACCAGCACCUCACGUCAAUCCUGCAUUUUUCUCACAAGGUCCACCACAUCAGCACCCAGGACAACACGCUGGAGGCCCACCACCUCACGGACCACCUCAUGCGCCUCCUCAUGGUCCUCAUGGUCCGCCGCAUUCACAGCCACAUGGUCCUCAUCCGCCUCCUCAUGGCUACGGUCCACCUCCUGCUCAGACACCAUACGGAACACCGGGAGCCGAUCAUCGUCCAGAAGACCAGCCUCAAAUAAGAGAACAAGAGUUUGAAGUUAUCAUGGAUCGUAAUCGGACUGUAUCAUCAUCAGCAAUAGCACGCGCUGUCUCUGAUGCCGCUGCUGGAGAGUAUGCUAGUGCUAUCGAAACACUUGUCACUGCAAUAUCACUUAUCAAACAGUCUAAAGUCGCUGGUGAUGAUCGAUGUAAAAUUCUUAUCAGCUCACUGCAAGAUACUUUACGAGGUGUUGAAACAAAGAGUUAUGGAUCUGCACGUCGCGAACGUUCAAGAUCACGUGACAGAGAACGAAGUCACAGACGUAGACGUGAAAGAUCAAGGAGUCGGGAUCGUGAAUACCGUGAACGCAGCAGAGAACGUGAACGCGAUCGUGAUCGUGAACGUGAUCGAGAUCGUGAUCGCGAUCGCGAACGUUACUACAAUGAAGCAUCGUAUCCACGCGAAAGAUCACGCAGUCGUGAGAGAGAUCGUGAACGUGAACGUGACCGGGAGUACCGUGAACGUAGCCGAGAGGAAAGUACAACACGUCAAUCAUCCAGACCAAGAGUUAAAGAAGAACCAGCUGAAGCAGCACCCGUUUCGUCAGCAAAACCAUCUAGGUAUUACGACGAUCGAUACAGAGAACGUGAUCGUGAGAGAGAACGUGAACGUGAGACAAGUCGUCGGCCAGCAGAACGUGAACGUGAACGUGAACCUGAACGAGAACGUGAACGUGAACGAGAUCGUCGUGAUGAACGUGCUGAUUCUUCACAUCGUUCCAGACAUUAAAAAUGAAAUAAUUCAAGAUAAUGACCUGAUAACAUUCUGCGACUAUAUCAUAUAAUAGUACCGACAAAAGAUAAAAAAUAACAAUAUUACAUUCUUUAUUCCAUAUAUUUUUUUUUUUUAAUAAACAGUAACACUUAUUACACAAAUACAUAUGCAUACACAGUUUAAAUUUAGUGCUCGUUGUGUUUGAUAUUAAAAUUAAUGUGGCAUUAUAAAAUUUAUAUUCCUAAAUAAAUACUACAUAUAUAUACAUAUGAAAUAUAUAUAUGCAGACAUUUUAAUGCAUCUUUUUGAUAUCAGAUCUCUAAAAAAAAUUAUUCCAUUACUAAAAAGGAUUUUGUGAACAGCAGACAGUUUUGAACCUUUUUUUUUAUUAUUUUAACAUAUGCCACAAUAUGUAUUAAUAUUAUAAAACAAAAAAAUAUAUAUAUAUUCUGAAUGCAUAGUAUAUGGAAUAAUUAAUUAAUUAA